GCAAGCGAUAGCUAGGGACGCGCCCGAAAGGCGUUUUCGGAUAGGCUCCAACGAUCUCGCAUUCGCAACAAACUCUGCACCAGAUUGAGAGAGAGAUCACGAGGAGGAGGAGGAGUCUGUUACAUUCGGAGAGCGAGCGAUUCGGAUCGGAGUCCCGGAGGAAGACGACGCGGUAGCGCAGUCGCCGGAGGGGCAUUGCCCGGCGGCGGCGCGUCGUGCCGGCAGAGGAGGGCGGCGGCGGCGGCGGCGGACGCCAUGGGCGGGUACGAGCUCGUCAGGAGCGACGACUCCGCGGCGGCAGGGCCGCCCGAUCUCGAGCUCGGCGGCAGCGUCUCCGCCAAGUCCCCGUCUCCGCCGUUGCCGCGGCCGACUUCGCAGGUCGCGCGGCAGCGGCUGGUCUCCCUCGACGUCUUCCGCGGGAUCACCGUUCUGCUUAUGAUCAUUGUUGAUGACGCCGGAGCGUUUCUCCCAGCACUGAAUCACUCUCCAUGGGACGGCGUAACCAUCGCUGAUUUUGUCAUGCCAUUCUUCCUUUUCAUAGUUGGUCUCUCUCUGACACUAGCAUACAAGAGGGUGCCAGACAAAUUGGAGGCCACUAAGAAGGCUGUACUCCGUGCCCUCAAGUUGUUCUGCCUUGGUCUUGUUCUCCAAGGUGGAUUUUUUCAUGGUGUUCACAGUCUCACUUUUGGUGUUGAUCUUACAAAAAUACGGUUGAUGGGUAUACUUCAGAGAAUUGCGAUAGCUUAUCUUUUGGCUGCAAUCUGCGAAAUUUGGCUCAAGGGAGAUGAUGAUGUAGAUUGUGGACUCGAUUUGCUCCGAAGAUACCGCUACCAAUUGGUUGUAGCAUUGCUCCUCUCGACCGUGUAUACUGUUAUCUUACACGGUGUCUACGUUCCAGACUGGGAAUACCAGAUAUCAGGUCCUGGUUCCACAGAGAAGUCAUUCUUUGUGAAAUGUGGAGGAAGAGGAGACACUGGGCCAGCUUGCAAUGCAGUUGGAAUUCUUGACCGUACAAUCCUAGGGAUAGAUCAUCUCUACAGACGACCAGUUUAUGCGCGUACUAAGGAAUGUAGUAUAAACUUUCCACAAAAUGGACCUCUUCCACCUGAUGCUCCAUCAUGGUGUCAGGCUCCAUUUGAUCCUGAAGGCCUCCUUAGCUCCGUUAUGGCAAUUGUCACAUGCUUGAUUGGGCUGCAGUUUGGACAUAUAAUUAUACAUUUUGAGAAACACAAGGGAAGAAUUAUAAACUGGCUAAUUCCAUCCUUCAGCAUGUUAGCGCUAGCCUUCUCAAUGGACUUCAUUGGGAUUCGUAUGAACAAGCCACUGUACACGAUAAGCUAUACCCUAGCUGCUUCUGGUGCUGCAGGGCUUCUUUUUGCUGGAAUUUACACACUGGUGGACGUGUAUGGGUUCAGGAAACCUACCAUCCCCAUGGAGUGGAUGGGUAAGCAUGCACUGAUGAUCUACGUGCUAGUGGCAUGCAACAUCCUCCCCAUGUUCAUCCAUGGCUUCUAUUGGAGGGAGCCCAAGAACAACCUGUUGAAGUUCGUCGGAAUUGGGGCAUGAAACGAGGAUCUUCAAUACGUUUACGACAAUAGGUGCUUAGGCCUUAGAGAAUUAGACCGUAUAUAGAGUAUUUGGACGGCCAGGAUAUGGAGAUCAGAAUGUUCAGGGCGAGCUAUUUUUUUUCCCUAUAUGUGGUUAGACAGUUUCUGAUCUUCCUAUUCUAUCAGCCAGUGCAGAAAUCCUCCCUGUGCUCUUGUAUAUAUAUUUUGUUGAGGCUCUGUAUAUGAUGACGCUCUGUGAUUCAGAUUAAUAUAUACAUAUUCUAACGGGUACUCACUACUCAAGCAAGAACACAAGCAUUAAGAGCAGCAGCCGCAACAUGUUUUGUUUGUAUUUUUAUUAGAAGAUGUAAUUCAGCUAUAGAAUAUUAAUAUAUCAAAGACUCAAAUACUAGUAGAUGGUAAGUAAGGUGACGAGCAAAAUAGCACAAGAGGAUCCUGGAAUAAGUAAUACCUUGAUCAAAUUAAAUCCCAAACUGAAACGAUGGAAUGUCUGUUUGACACUAU